UUCUGGUUUUGCUUCUGAAGGGGUUCCCGGUUCCCACACCGUUGAUCUGGUUAUAAGUUUCUCAUUCUGGUUUUGAGUCGAAUAGCUUCUGAUCUGCCAGAGCAGUUGAGCUCAAAUUGCUUCGCUUCCUCAUUGAGGAAGAAUGUGGAGGAAGUAAAACGAAAGAUAGAGGUAAGUCGAAGAGAGGGAUUAAACAAGUGCAUUCAGAGAGAGAGAGAGAGAGAGAUGCAUAAAACCUUCCCGAAAAUGAUUCUUGAAUUUGGAUCGAAAGCAAUUCGAUUUAUAUCAGGAGGAACGUCAAUGAUCUUAGAAAUCAAAUGGAAAGACUUGGAAAGCUGAGAACAGAUGUUGAGCGGUCCGUGGAUGUAGCUCGAAGCCGAGGGCAAGUGAUCAAAGAAGUGGUUAAAAGUUGGUUAGAUACAGUUGAUGCAAUACAGAGAGAUCUGAUGGAAUUUAACGGCAAAAUUGAAGAGCACAACGGAUGCUUCCGAUGGGAUUUCCGUGCUCGUUAUCUUGUGGGCAGAGAAGCAAAAAGCAAGACCGAUGUAGUCAAUAAUCUCCAAAAAGAAGGCCAAUUUGAUACUGUGUCAAUUCCACCUCCACCUCCUCCUGGCAUGGAAUCCAUGCCAAUGCCUAAUUUUCAAGUUUUUGAGCCCACCAACUUGGCCAUGAAGCAAAUUAUGGAGGAACAAGAAGCUCAACUUCGUCGGAGUUUAUGGGAUGGGCGGAGUUGGAAAGACCACCUUGAUGAACGAAAUAGUGAAGGAACUGAAAAACAAAGGGUUCUUUGAUGAGGUUCUGAUGGUCACCGUGUCUCAAGACCUUAUUUUGAAGAAGAUUCACGAUGAUAUUGCUGAGAACUUGGGGUUCAAAUUGGAAGAAGCAAAUGAAUCGGUAAGAGCGAGACGUUUGUUAGUGAGAAUUGCGCAAGAGAAACGAAUCCUUAUAAUCUUGGAUGAUCUAUGGGAUCCACUGACAUUAACGGAAGUUGGAAUUCCCUAUGAAGAUAGAGAAGACAUUGGCAACGAUGUAAGAGGAUUCAAAUGCUGCGUUAUUAUUGCAACAAGAUUCAUAGAAGUGUGUGAUCAAAUGAACACCCAAUACAAUGUUGAAGUUAAGGUGUUACCGGAAGCAGAUGCAUGGCAGCUAUUUAGAACCAGUGCAGGUGAUUGUGUGGACUCCACAGUUUUUCAUGAGGUGGCCAGGGAAGUAGUUAAAGAAUGUGGGGGUUUGCCAGUGGCACUUGUUACAAUUGGAAAGGCACUACGAAAUAAGGACCAGAUCGUAUGGCUUGAUGCAGUUACACAACUAAAGAAGUCAAUCCCAUCAAGAAUUCCAGGUAUGCAAAAAGAAGUAUUCUCCUCUAUAAAAUUGAGUUAUGACUAUCUCGAAAUUGAGGAAACACGACGUUGCUUCUUGUUUUGUUGUUUAUUUCCUGAAGACUUUAUUAUUUCUGAUGAUGAUUUGCUCCCUUAUGUAUUGGCUGAAGAUAUAUUUGAAGAUAUUGAAAACAUGAAAGAAGCGAAAAAUAGGUUGCAUACUGUGUUAGACACACUUAAACGGUCAUGCUUCUUGUUAAAUGUCGAUGAAAAAGAGGGGUGUGUUAGAAUGCAUGAUAUUGUUCGAGAUGUGGCUAUUUCGAUUGCAUCACUGGAAGAGCAUGGCUUCGUUGUAAAAGCUGGAAUUGGACUAAAGGAGUGGCCAAAGAUGGAGAUCCUGAGAAAGUGCAAGCGACUCUCACUAAUGCAAAAUAAAAUCAGUAAGCUACCUGAACAAAUGUGUUGCUCCCAACUUUAAGACUUUAUCAUUACGGGAUAACCGAUAUCUGAGGGAAAUCCCUGAUGAAUGUUUUAAGGAUACGUUAUCACUCAAAGUUUUAGAUCUCCGAAACACAAAUAUUGUCUCAAUACCAUCAUCAUUCUCAUGGUUAAUGGAGCUUCGAGUGUUACAUAUAAAUAUAGUUGGGUCUUCAGAUUUGUCAUUGCUUGGAAACAUGAAGAAACUUGAAAUACUCGACCUAAGUAGCUCCAAGAUAAGGACUUUGCCACAAGAAAUAGGGGGAUUGACAAAUCUUAAGUCCUUGCGUUUAUCAAGAGUCUUUUUUAUGAUUAUUCCCCCAAAAGUCUUGUCCAGAUUCUCUCUCUUAGAAGAACUCGACCUAUUCUAUAGCUUCGAUAAGUGGGUGCCUGAAGGAUCAGAAGAUAUAAGUAAGGCUUGUUUGUCUGAGGUGGCAUCCUUGGCUAGUUUGAAAAAUCUUAAAUUAGGGAUAUCGAACAUAGAAUGCCUCAGUUCCCCCAUCUCAUUGUGUGCAGAAAACUUGACACAGUUUUUAGUAAUGAUUUAUGCAACACCAAGACCAAAUAGCUAUGAAAUGUUCUAUGGGACACUCAAUGCCAUCUCUGAAGGUUAUUAUGCAGCUAAGAUGUCUUUUUCUGAAAUAACAUUGCCUAACCUUUCCAAUUGGGUUAAGAUGUUGUUGGAACGAACAGAGGAGCUAGAUCUCUUCAAAUGCCAUGGUCCAAAGAACAUUUAUCCAGAACUUAGUGGAGGAAGUGGUCUAAACAACUUGCAAUCUCUCAAAAUUCAAGUAUGUGGGGAUCUAGAGCAUAUUUUGAGUGCUGAGGCAGAAGGGGUCCCUAUACUCGCAUUCAGCAAGUUGGAAGAACUACAAUUAGAAGACAUAGGGAACUUGAGGAAAAUUUGCCAUGGACGUUUUCUAAAGGGGAGCCUGGAGAACUUAAGGAUCCUAAGUAUUGAUAGAUGUUCCAAUUUGAAGCACAUCUUUCAAAUGAGUAUGGCUGAAGGUCUCCCACAACUAGAAGAAAUUCAAAUUCUUUCUUGUGAUGGUUUGGAGAAAAUAUUUAUGAAGAAUGAGGCAGAGGACGAGGAGGGUAAGGUGUUGCUUCCUCGAUUAAGGGUCCUAGAAUUGGUAUCAUUGCCAAACUUCUCAAUGGUAUGCCAGGGGUUACUGUCAGUCCAUGAUUUGCCUCUCUUUGAAAGAUUGUGCAUUUACGAGUGCCCCAAUUUGAAAAGGCUCCCUUUAAGUCUGAGUCCAAAGAGCACACCAAGACUAAGGGAGAUCAAAGUAGGAAAAACAUGGUUCAAUCAGUUGGAGUGGGAUGAAAUAAGUAACAAGCUGCACAUUCAAGAAUGGGUUAAGGUUGAAUUUUUAAACAAAUCCUCAAUCUUUAACCGCACCAGACCUUGCCGAAGAACAAGAAGGCCGCGGCCACGUUAACCAAGAGAUGAAGCAAUGUAAGCUUUCACUUCUUUACCUUUUAAGAAUGCUUUAGCCAUUUGGGUAUGUAUAUGUCAAAUCCCUUAAAUUAGCUUGCAAUAUAUAUAUAUAUACAUGCAUGCAAUGAAAUUUGUUACAUGAUGAUGACAAUAAUAAGGGCUGGUCCCUUUAUGUUUUGUUAAAACAGACUUGUGUACAUGGCCUUGAGUUUCUCCCACAUUGCAGCUCUAUGGGAGC